AUGACCAAAGGCAAUCAAAACCCGGCUUUCAAGGCCUUGGGAUUGCCCAGAUUGAGGCUACCAUCCCGAAAUUGGUGUAUUUUUUGGUCUAUUUUGGGUGGUACGAUUGGUUCUAUCGUGUAUGACAAAUAUCAACAAAAACAUAUCAGAACCUUGCAGAUGGCCAAGCUUGACCACCUCAGCCAUGCGCAAGUUCCUUUCAAUAUGAUGCCCCGUAAAAUAACGGUGUUCAUUGCUCCUCCGCCAUCAGACUAUUUGGAAGAGACUUUGAGAGUUUUCAGAAAGUAUGUCAAGCCUUUGCUCAAUUCUGCUGGUUUGGACUUCGAGAUAUACACCGAAGAAAGACAGGGCGACAUUAGGUUCAAAGUGGCUGAAGAUAUCAGAACUUUAAGAAGAGAGGCUUUGAAUCCAAACGCGGACGACAAUAAAUCUGAGCAUUCAAUUUGGAACAAGGUUUCCUCAAAACUUUCCAAGAGUCAGAAUACUCAAGAAGACGAGCCUUUGGUCAAGAUGAGUGAAAAAAUUUCAGUGAAGGAUAUCAUUGGUAUCACACUGUAUAAUAAAAAUGACGAAGUUGUCAGAGAAGAUCAAUUGGUGCGAUCUCCUGAAGAUGCUGGAGGUGUGAUUUGUAUUGGAAGAGGUGCUUUCAAGGAAUUCAUGAAUGGCAUUCAUGAGGGUUUACUGGGUCCAUUAGAGGAGCCAGUGAGGGAUGAGCCGGUGGUACUAGAUUCGAACGAAUUGAAGGGUGAAAAGUCUUCAAUAGUUGCCCAAGAAAGUGAGUUUAUUAAUGAAGAACAAUCCAGGGAUACCUCUGGUGAGUCGCUAAUAGAUCCAUCCAACGAACUAAAAGUCAUACCUACUGCAACGUCCGAUGAACCAACUAAAGAAGGUGAAGAAGACGAUGAAAAACCGAAAAACAAGGGGCCCUUGCCCUUCAUUUACCCAGAGGAUUAUGCUAAUGCCCAACUGGCUCCAGAGUUGGAUCUCUCUAGACCAAUUUUAGACAAGAAUGGCGUGCCCAUUAUAUAUCACCAACCUGUUCUCGUCCUGAGACAGUUCAACCUCCCCGGGUUCAUAAGAACGCCUGAAAGAUUGUGGAGAUUUUUCACAAAGAGAUCUCAGGCAGAGUAUUACUGUUCCAAAACAGAGAAUCUUGUUCUCAGUAGAAAGCAUCCAAUGACAAUUAAAGACCAAGAGUUGGCAGUAGAAGAGGAACGUGACUGGCCUAAGAAAUGGGUGAAAAGUGCCAAAGAGCGUAAUAGUGAAUGGGUCAGACCAUUCGAAUUCGACGAUAGGGUUAUUCGUCACAUGUGGGUUGUUAAUGACGACGUCCAUGAUGAGGACACUCUGCCCUCCGUUAACUGA